AGCUUCGCUUGGUGUGUGGACGGCGGCGCUUUUCUAAAGUGCAGUUCAACCGUAACCUGCUCUGGUGCUGUUGGUGGUAGCGCAAUACAAUCCUUGUAGAUCUAGCCCAUAGAAGAAUUUCAAAAGUUUGGCAUCCUGCCCCCCUCCUGUGUCCUGCACCCCUCUCAGACAGUUGCCAGUCCAGAUGGCUGAGACGCAUGGAAAGUUCGACUUUGCCAUUGACCGUGGGGGUACGUUCACAGAUGUAUUUGCCCGCUUGCCCGAUGGAAGGGAGAGGGUCCUCAAACUGCUGUCUCACGACCCGCAGAACUACAAAGAUGCCCCAACUGAAGGCAUCCGCCGGGUACUGGAACAGGAGACAAGGCGGGCCUUUCCCAGGGACCAGCCUGUGGACACCUCCCUGAUUGGCUGGAUCAGGAUGGGAACUACAGUGGCCACCAAUGCCCUGCUGGAGAGGCAGGGGGAGAGGACUGCUCUGCUGGUGACUCGGGGAUUCCGGGAUCUCUUGCACAUCGGCACACAGGCCCGGCCAGGACUGUUUGAUCUGGAGGUGUCUGUGCCUGAAGUGCUGUAUGAAGAAGUGAUCGAGGUGGAUGAGCGUGUUGUUCUCAAACAGCAUGGCUGCCAUCUGCCCAGGAAGGAGUCCAAACGCACCGUCACUGGAAGCACCGGGGACAGUCUGGAGGUGUGGCGUGAGCUGGACUUGGCGCAGGUGGAGCGGGAGCUCCGCGGUGUUUUCUCCCGCGGCAUCACCAGCCUGGCUGUGCUGCUCCUGCACUCCUACACGUGGUCUGCCCAUGAGAAGGCUGUGGGGUCGUUGGCACGGAAACUGGGAUUCACGCAGGUGUCGCUGUCCAGUGAAGUGAUGCCCAUGAUACGGGCUGUGCCCAGAGGCUACACGGUCUGUGCAGAUGCCUACCUCACGCCCAAAAUCCGCCAGUACCUGCGUGGAUUCACCUCUGGGUUCAGAGGAGGCCUCAAGGAUGUGGAUGUGCUGUUCAUGCAGUCAGACGGCGGGCUGACCCCGAUGGAGCAGUUCUGCGGCUCGCGGGCCGUGCUGUCGGGGCCGGCGGGCGGCGUGGUGGGCUACGCCAUCACCUCCUACAGCGCCACCGAGAACAAGCCCGUCAUUGGCUUCGACAUGGGGGGCACCUCCACAGAUGUGAGCCGCUACGCUGGUCAGUACGAGCACGUGUUCGAGGCGACCACGGCAGGGGUCACGCUGCAGGCCCCGCAGCUGGACAUCAACACGGUGGCGGCUGGCGGAGGCUCUCGCCUCUUCUUCAGGUCGGGCCUGUUUGUGGUGGGACCUGAGUCUGCUGGAGCGCACCCUGGACCCGCCUGCUACAGAAAAAGUGGCCCUCUUACUGUCACGGAUGCCAACCUGGCGCUCGGUAGGCUCCUGCCCGCCUUCUUCCCGUGCAUCUUCGGCCCCGGCGAGAAUGAGCCGCUGUCCAGCGAGGAGACCAUGCGCCAUUUCCGCCAGCUCACAAAGGAGAUUAACCACUUCCUGUCGGGUCAGGCGAAGAGCAGCGCCAACGGUCUCGGUCAGCCCAAAGGCAGCGGUGCGGCCCGGGGCGGCAAAACCGAAAUGAGCGUCGAGGAGGUCGCCAUGGGUUUCAUCCGCGUGGCCAAUGAGGCCAUGUGUCGUCCAAUCAGAGCUCUCACACAGGCGAAGGGCCAUGACACAUCCAAGCAUGUGUUGGCCUGCUUCGGAGGGGCCGGUGGCCAACAUGCAUGUGCCAUCGCACGUGCCCUGGGCAUGAAGACGGUCUUUAUUCACAAGUACAGCGGGGUGUUGUCUGCGUACGGGUUGGCUCUGGCUGACGUGGUGGAGGAGGUGCAGGAGCCGUGCUCCCUGCAGUAUGAGCCGUGCUCCUUCUACGAGCUCGACCGCCGGGUGGACGCGCUGUCCCAGCGCUGCCAGGACACACUGCGGAGCAGAGGCUUCAGCAGUGCUCAGAUCAAGACUGAAGUGUUCCUGCACCUGCGCUAUGAGAAAACUGAUUGCGCUCUUAUGGUUACGGCCACUGGUUACCCAGGCAACUCUCAGUCCUGCCGUGCUGGAGAUUUCCGCUCCGCGUUCACCAAAAGAUACCUGAAAGAGUUUGGUUUCACCAUUCCCGAUCGACCCAUCAUGGUUGAUGACAUCCGCAUCAGAGGGUCGGGCACGUCGGGCAUUAAAUCAGUGAUUCAUGCCAAGUCGGGCUAUGCACCUGCCAAACCCACAACGGUCACCAAGUGUUACUUUGAGGACGGCUACUUGGAUACCAAUGUGUUCCUGUGGGAGGAGCUAUCGUGUGAGCAUAGCCUCCGGGGUCCUGCCAUCAUCAUUGACAAGAAUAGCACCAUUCUGGUGGAGCCCGGCUGCACAGCCCAGCUGACGGAGAAGGGUGACGUCUGCAUCGCCGUGGGGACGGACUCCCAGUGUGCGCUGGGCACCGAGCUCAACGCCAUCCAGCUGUCCAUCUUCUCUCAUCGCUUCAUGAGCAUCGCAGAGCAAAUGGGGCGUGUUCUCCAGAGGACGUCCAUAUCCACCAACAUAAAGGAGCGCCUGGACUUCUCCUGCGCCGUGUUCGGCCCAGACGGGGGGCUGGUGUCCAACGCUCCCCACAUCCCCGUGCACUUGGGAGCCAUGCAGGAGACCGUGCAGUACCAGCUCAAAGCACUGGGGAACACUUUGAAGGAGGGCGAUGUGAUUUUGAGUAAUCACCCAUGUGCUGGAGGAAGCCACCUGCCAGACCUUACUGUGAUCACGCCAGUGUUCUGGCGUGGUGUGAGUGGACCUGUGUUUUUUGUGGCCAGCAGGGGGCACCAUGCUGACAUCGGCGGCAUCACUCCAGGCUCCAUGCCCCCUCACUCCAAAUCCCUGCAGGAGGAGGGGGCCGUCUUCACCUCCUUCAAGCUGGUCACCGGAGGCGUUUUCCAGGAACAAGCUGUCACAGAAGCCCUCAUGGCUCCAGCACAGUACCCAGAAUGCUCCGGGACUCGCAAUCUCCACGACAACCUGUCAGACUUGCGGGCACAGGUGGCAGCCAAUCAGAGGGGGAGUAACCUUGUGGGCGAGUUGAUUGGGAGCUACGGGCUGGCCGUAGUUCAAGCAUACAUGGGCUACAUUCAGAGCAAUGCAGAGGUGGCUGUAAGAGACAUGCUGAAAGAUUUUGCACGUCGUCGCCGGCAACAGACUGGCUCCCUGGAAGUGGAAUCAGUGGACCACAUGGACGACGGAACGCCGAUCAGGCUGCGAGUGAAGAUCAACGAGCAGGAGGGCAGUGCCGUGUUUGACUUCACCGGCACAGGAACAGAAGUGUGGGGCAACUGUAACGCUCCUCGUGCCAUCACCUUAUCAGCGCUCAUAUACUGCCUGCGCUGCAUGGUGGGCCAGGACAUCCCCCUCAACCAGGGCUGCCUUGCUCCAAUCAAAGUGAUCAUUCCCCCCGGCUCCAUCCUCCAGCCGUCCCAGGAUGCAGCUGUGGUGGGGGGGAACGUGCUGACAUCACAGAGGGUUGUAGAUGUCAUCUUCCGUGCAUUUGAAGUUUGUGCUGCCUCCCAGGGCUGCAUGAACAACGUGUCCUUUGGGAGUGAGAAGAGCGGUUACUAUGAGACCGUUGCCGGGGGUGCUGGUGCAGGCCCGGGUUGGAAUGGGCGAAGUGGGGUCCACAGUCACAUGACCAACACACGCAUCACCGAUCCAGAAAUUCUGGAGAAGAGAUACCCUGUGAUCUUGGAGCAGUUCUCACUACGGCCAGGCUCAGGAGGGGAAGGGCAUUAUCGCGGAGGCGACGGCGUGGUUCGGAAACUCCUGUUCCGGGAGAAAGUGGUCCUCUCCGUUUUGACAGAGAGACGGUCAACGCAGCCGUAUGGACUGAAUGGAGGUGAGAGUGGAGAAGCAGGUCUGAAUCUACUUCACCGGGCUGACGGAAGAGUUCUUAACCUGGGGGCCAAGACCACAGUCAGCCUGGAGCCUGGGGACAUGUUCAGUCUGCAUACUCCUGGAGGAGGGGGCUAUGGGAAGAAGGAGGACGACGACGACGAUAACGGAACUCUGCCUUCCAAGCGCAGGCGGCUCAACGAGACCUUCGUCGAGCGAGGAAGCGUGUUUGAGUACCGCCGCGCACAAGAGAGUGUGUGAGGAGAAGAAGGGAGAGAAGAGACAAAGAGAAAAAUAAGGGAAAGUGUGAAGGGUUGAAAGGGAAUAGACAGUGUGUGAGUUUUCUAAAAAAUGUCAUGAGAAGGUAGAAAGUUAUUCAUGUCAAGAUUUUCUUGAAGUGGUUUCUUUGUCACCAUGCAUACAGCAGUGCGUUUCUAAAUGGCAACUGUUUCAGGAAUCCAAAUUUCUUUUUUUGAAAGUCGUUUUUUACCUUUUGAAAUCAAUUACAAACAUUUGUGACACCUCACCUUUGUUACAGAAUCUCGUAUAUAACGCCAUACACAUGUUGCAGUCAUACUUCACUGUACGGAUACAGAGUUAGAUCACGCUGUUUGUUGUUACAGGCAGCAGAAACCUGCCCAGCAGUGUUACUACACCCACCUCAGGCCAGGGACACAUGCAGGCUGGGUGGGGCGGGGGUCUAUCUGACCACUGAUAAGACUAUGCAGGCGGACCCCCUGCUGCCACGUGAUGCUAUGCAGAUUGUAGCCAUAAUUGGAACGAGUGUUUUUAGACUGUGAUGUACCCACACUCCAUACAUGCAUACACGGACAUCACCUGCCAGUAUUUUUAGUAUUCUUAGAUUAACUGUUUUUCAUUUCAUUUGGGGCUAUGUAUAGCCGAAUAAAUAAAAUAAACACAAAACACAAAACCCGAGUUGUUGUAGUUUUAAAAUUGUUAGUUUUACUUGAAAUAAAACUGAUUUUCUUUACAUUUGUCAUGCAUCCCUCUAAAUAAUUCCAAUGAAAUCAUAUACUCUUUUAUAACUGAAAUAAAACAACAGAAA